AUGCUACCAGAAGAUGUCGUCGAAAGCCCUCGAGACUGGGAGCUUGGGAGGCAGCAGGUCGGGCACCCUGUAGGCCGCCACGACCUUCUCGAGAGGGCGCAGCAGGUGGCUCAGCUGGUGUGCGGCUUGUCGAUGGAGGAGGGCUGGCUGCGCCGCUUCCUGGAGCGUCACUCGUCCCUCACAUUAAGAACGUCACAGCCUUCCUCUAAGCUCCCACUACGAGGGAGCACAAGAAGGCGAUCGCUUCUUGAAGAAGAAGAAGGGUCAAAUAGACGUACCAAGACGAGGAAACCAGUAUCGUUCACGAAGAAGAAAGCUGGCCAGAUCGCGCGCCGCGCCAACAUAGUGUCCAUUCAGAAGCGGAAAAGCAAGCAUGCGAGACUGACGACGAUGGUGGGCAGCAAGCACAAGAAUGGCAUCAUCUGCACGUUCCCGAAUUGCAACAAGCCCAUGCGCACCCAGAAGUUUAAGAUGCACUUCACUAGGGCGCACCUGAAGGAUGGCGAGGUGUACUCCAUUGAACAUCGGCGGCAGUACGAAGUGGCGAGGGAGGAGAAUGCUCGCAGCACCGUGAAAUCUGAUCUUGUCUCCGCGGUUGCUACAGUGCCGGAUACACCACCAGUGGUGUCCACAACGACGACUACGAAUGGGAUUUCCCGUGCGGAGACCAUGUGCACUGCCGCUGCUGCUCACGAGAACAUCGAUGCGGCACAAGCGAGGCAGGUGCAAAAUCAGAAGGCUCCAUUGUCCUCGAAUCCAGAAGACCCAGUCAUCUCUGCCGCCAGGAGCGAGAACAGCGCAGCUAAUACGAGUGCAUCGCCCAGAACAAUUCAUAUUCCGUCGAUGGCGCAAACAUCCUUGCUGACUUCGGUGUCUAGCGAGCAAGUCAGUGGUAUCAAGCGCCCCAUAUCUUCAAUAGAGAGCUGCCCCGGAGACGCCGUUGACCCGACGAGCGUGCUGUUGAUGCAAUUCAUAGCAUUAAUGGACCAGCGCUUCCAUGAGCUGGUAAGCAAGAUGGGCGAAAUGAUCGACGUGCAGAAGGACCUGAUCGACACAUUACAGGCCAGCAACCCGGGCGGCCAGGCACCGGCAACAGCAUUCUCUUAUGCCGUUGAGGUGGUCAUGAAAAGACGCAAGAAAGAUUCGAGCCCUCGCGGCGAUAGUAACAGUGAUAAUGGUUAUGGCAACGCUGGCGCUGAUGCCAGUGGUGAAGGUCAGGGCGAUGGGGUUGUCUUGUAA